AUGACGGCCGAUGAAAAGCACAACUUCUUUGUCGGCGUGCUCGAGAAGGGGCUUGACGAGACAGAGGAGGUGUCCUAUCUGUUCAAGGAGCACGGCCACAUGAACGGCAUGCUUGAAAAGCUCGCUCUGUCCAUCCAUGCGCUCAUGGAACAGAUCGAGCCGAAGCCCAGCGUGCAGAACUUGUACCCGUUCGACAUGGCACUGUACUCGGUGUUGGACACGUGCAUGAUGAACGCUGGCAUCCUUGUGGGCGGCUGGCUCGCCAUGUCUGAUAAGCACGGUGACACCGCUACCAUGCCCUAUAAUUGGGUGGUACGACAAGACUAUUGCAUAGGAAAUUCUUUCUCAGCAGAGAAGAUUCGAACAGGACCGCGCUGUGUUUCUGGAGCUGUCCCAGAAUUGUACCGUCUUGGGAAGAUUGGGUACAAUGACCAGCGUGACAAGGCGUUCAAAACGAUGCCGCCUGUCGUGGAUGAGCUCAGCCGAGGCAUGUAUCUGAUGAUUGUGGAUGGACUGGGGGACGUCCGCAUGCCACUGUGGUGGAUUCUUGCGGCGUCGUUCCAUCUCGAUGUUGUCAGGCUUCUUGGUGAUGAGAUUGAUCGUCCGUGGUGCGAUAUGGUCGCCUUUGACCACCUUAUGUAUCAAACCAUCAAAGACCAUACCGAAUAUCACAAGACGCCGACUCAGCUUAAGAUUGCCGGAUGGAACAAGGACUGCGAGAAGGCUGCGGACAGACUUCAAAGGCUGGCUACUUUUUUGGCGGGAGGGCGACAACAUCAUCAAUGCCAGGCUCGCCGCCGCCGGCGUCAACGUCAAGCCAACAAUCUUUCUCAAGCGUCACCCUUUGUACUGCGGCCUCUAGGUCUCCGACAUGCGAAACCAGCUACACUUCCUUGGUAUACGGCUCGAGCGGUCGUUUGGCAGUGUUUUAAGUGGGACAACAUGGAACUGUUUUUCGACAGGUUCUUUAUUGGCAAGGCCCCAUCCAACAUUGAAGAAUACCACAAGCAGCUCUGUCUCGUCAUGGGAUUCUCCGCUGGCAACUUCAUCCCCAACACCCGCAACAUGGGCAAGAUGCAGGCUACCAAAAAGGGUCCGCGCUCCCUUGUGGAGCAAGGGCGUGUCAACAGGGUCUUCAGGGGCAGAUUCCGUCCCGACUCCAGCCGGAUCAACCUCAACGCAGAAGACGUCCACCCCAUCCUGUAUAGAGACCAGAAGCCCACCGGCAAAAACGGCGUGCCUGGCUCCCCAGUCCACCUCAUCGACUUCUUGGCUCAUGCCCGCGAAGCAGAAAUCCCGCCGCAGAAGCCGGAUUAUUUCUUUGGCCAUCGCAUCUGCUGGACCUUGCUGCGUAAGCUCAAGACGGCCAUCGAAGGCGACAUGCUCAAGUGGCUUGGCCCCAGCACAGACCUGUUCCACAAAGCAGCCCAGGUCUACCUUGACAUCUUGAAAGGCGAGGACGGAGAGGUGGAGCGUGCCCAGAUCAAGAACGGGAUUGAUGUGUUCUACGCAAUGGCAAAGAUGAGAAAAGUCAUCCCCGAUGAUCCGCACCCUGCAUCUCAGUCCCAUUACAACGGCGUCGGCGCCAGCAGGGGCAUCCUGAACUCUGCGGACAUGGACAACAAAUGGGAUGAGGACUAUGAUGAGGACUAUGACAGCGAUUACAGCGAUGGCACGGCUGGUUUUACCGAGAGACUUCGCAACACUACCCGGGGUGGGGGCGGUCCGCGAUUGCAUGGCCAGGAGUUGAUGGAUGCGUACUCCGCAAUGCGGCAGGUUGCCGCGAGAGGAGCGAGGCAAGGACAAGGAAUUGAUGGGCUGGGCGGAGAGGACAUGGAGGAGCCCGAGGAGCCCGAGGAGGUCGAGAAGGGUCCGCAGGCCUGGAAGGGCUAG